AUUUCUCUCUCAACCUGUGUUGUUGUUGGUGAUGCUCCAGUGACUUAUGUACCCCGGGAGAUCAACCUUAGAUCCUUGCGCGGCUAGCUACACUUUCCUCCAUAUUUGGAGUAAAUUUGUAUUUUAUAAGGUGUAUGGGCAACUAGAAUUCCUGAAAAUGAACUUGACCGAGGACGAUGAGUUGGCCUCCUCUGCCUUGCCCUUCCUUGAAGGUGAUGAUGGACAGAUUUCUGAUGUAGCCUUCUCUAACCUCUACCCUGCUGUCAUUGAGUGUUUUGUCAUCAUCCUUUGUGGGUAUCUGGCGGGGCGAUGCAAUCUCGUAUCACAGACAGAGUCUAAGGGUCUCAACACAUUUGUUGGCACGUUUUCUCUCCCAUCAUUGAUAUUCAUGUCAAUGGCACAAUUAGAUUUCAGCUCUGUUAACUGGAUAUUUUUGCUGUCAAUCUGCAUCUCUAAGACUACUGUGUUCUUCUUGGUGAUUCUGGUGACACUGCUGGUGUACAGACCUGUAGAUUUUGGGAAAGCUGGGCUGUUUGCCAUCUUCUGUACCCAGAGUAAUGAUUUUGCUCUGGGGUAUCCUAUCAUUGCCGCACUAUAUGGCAAAACUCACCCAGAGUUUGCCUUAUAUCUCUACUUGGUUGCCCCUAUCUCCCUCGUGCUAUUGAACCCCAUUGGCUUCAUCCUUAUGGAGAUUGGGAAACGCCAGAACAAUAACCAAGAUGGUGAUGAAGGCUCCGUGUCCAAAGAGAGUGGAUGUCGUCUGGUUGUACAUAUCCUGCGUGAUGUUCUCCUCAACCCCAUAGUACUUAUGACAACUCUAGGCAUUGUGGGCAAUUUUAUCUUCGAUCACAAACUUCCCAAUAUCCUAGAGGGGAUUCUAAAGGUGUUCGGUCAAGCCUUCUCUGCAGCCGCUCUCUUCCUUCUGGGUCUGCGGAUGGUCGGAAAAGUGCAAACACUGAGAGGUUCAGGGCUUGUUAUUCCAGGGAUCCUCAUUGCUACAAAAACGCUGUUUCUUCCGCUGACCACUCGUCUGAUUGUGGGGCUCCUUCACCCGGGGAAUGACGCUAAUGAAACGGCAGAUUUCAGCAACUAUGGUUUCCUCUAUGGCACUUUCCCCACAGCUCCAGGUGUCUUUGUGUUUGCUUCCCAGUAUAAUAUUGCUGUUGAUCUGAUAGCAAGUGCAAUGGUUGCAUGUACCUUCUUGUCAGCCCCAUUAAUGUUUGUAUCAGCCAAGAUGGUCACCUUGGUGAAGAUCAAUCCCUUGGACUAUGUGAAGGAACUGGAAUCAAUUCUUUUUAAUGUCAGCAUCAUUGGUCUCAUAUGUACGAUAUGGGUGUUAACAGUGUUCAUAUUGAGUCGUAAAUGGAGAAAAGUUCCUCACUUCAUUACCAUGUGUUUGGCUCUAUCUCAAGGUGUAGCUUGUAUUGGGGCACUUUUAUGGUCUGUGUUGGAGUGUAACCACACCUGGAAGUUGUACCUGCAGUUUAUACUCUUCUCCUGGGGAGUAUUUUCUUCCCGGCUCUGGACAGCCAUCCUGGCCAUCACCCUGUUCCUCCUGCGCUGGCGCUCCCUCUGCUUUGUUUUGCGACUCCGACCCUUCCUUGCUGUAGUUGGUUGGGGGUUGCCAGCUGUCAUGGUCACAGUUCUUAUCUUAAUGGUGCAGCAAGAAACAGAAGUAGCAGACAAACAUGAUCCAAAUUUUCAGUAUGGUUCAGCACAAGCCAUUGUUGCCUUGCUGUUACUCUGGUUCAGUCUUAUCACAACUGUGGUGUGUCUCAUCUUCCACCAACGACAUGAGCGGCGCUAUGCACAAUAUGAGUCCUUACUCAACCUCGAUGAUCCCGAUGAUCCAAGAGGGUCUCCUAGAGGGUCUCCUAGAGGGUCUCCGCGCUCAUCUACUGUAGAUGCUCCAAGAAUAAAUUGCAAUGGGUCGUUAAGCAGCUCCUCUAUUGAUGCUGAGGACAGGACAAGAGAUCCAGAGACUGGCAUUGAUGACAAUGUUUCUUCUGACAGUGAAAGCUUAUUCAGCCCACACGAUGAACUCAGUAGGGGGAGUCGCUGUCGCCCCGAGUCACUCCAGAGAGAUGAUUAUUCUGACAAUGAACCGCGUUAUAUAAUAACUUCACAACUGACCGAACCAGAGGAGACUGCCAUCCUGCGAGAUCGGGACGAUGAGUUUCAGAUGAUGAGACACGUUGUGCUACUACUCUUCCUGUGUGGGUCCAUGAUUGUGGGAUUUGCCUUAUGCAUGUGGACUCUGGUAACAGAGGAGGUGAAUGGUGUGUAUGUAGAGCUGGUAUUCCUGGACAUUGUCCUCAACUUUGGCCAAGGAUUCUUCACUGCAGCCAUCUUUGGGCUCGACUCAAAGCUCAUUGUCAUACCUCUGUUGAGAUGGUGGAGACAAAUGUGUAAUGGUGCAGCUGCAGUUAAACUUCCCUCGUGGGAUGAACUUGACCCCAAGACCCGACAGACGUGCGAGCAGUUCUCAAACUAUCACAUGGACAAAUGUAUGAAGGACAUUGUCAGAGAUAGAAGAUGGAGACUUAAGAACUUGUCUGCUGUGUUUGGAGGGAAGGAGCUUGUUGACUGGCUGUUGUUGGUGGGUCUUGCACGGGACCGAACUGACGCAGUCAAGUAUGGGAGGCAGCUUCUUCAGGGUGGCAUCAUCCGCCACAUUAAGAACCUUCACCACUUUCAUGAUCAGCCCUUCUUUUAUACAUUUAAAUUUAGUGAAGGUAACACACAUUGAUCAACACAACUCUCCAGGCAGCUUAUAAAACAAAAUCCAUUCAAAUUAAUUUUUCAAAAUACAUUAUGAACAAGUAAUUCAUCGGUAGGUUAGUUAAAACAAAGACGUGACAUUUCAAGUUGUAGCUUCCGGGGAACUUUAGUGUGGCGGUGUGCCAAACUGUAUAAUAUGACUUGUUGGUUGUGAAGAAGCACAAGUAUCAAAUUUAUAUUUUUUUAAGGGGUUAAUAUUAUUUGAGGUGAGGGGUGGGCAUUGAGGAAAAUUAACCAAAUAUACCUUAAGUGUGAAAUAUACCAUAAGUGUGUGUUAUAGCAAAAAUGUACAGAAAUAUUUUUUGUGCAGAGAUCCAUUUUAAAUGCCUUUAUCACUAGUAAUAGAGGUAUUAGUUUCAUAUUUUAUAUUGAUAUUGUGAUCUGAUUUGUAUGUAGUGAUAUAUAAUCAAUGUAAUUGGUAAGAUUUGUACAUUCUCUCCCUACACUGGCUGUGUUAAAGGCAUACACACACAGAUGGUUAUUGAAUGUACUAAUGAUAAAGAAAGUCUUAAAUGUCAAAGUUUAUUUAAAUCUUUGACUCAAGUUUUGUAACCUGAUGAAAAUAUAUCUUAGGUAACAUUGGCUCACCCUAACAUAGGUUUAAUCCAAAUGGAUUUGAUGAUUUUAUGUAUGUGUUUACAUAGGAAUCUCAAAGUCGUUCUUACAUCUAUGUGUAUUUUGAGUCUGUGUACAAAUGGCUUCAAAGAUUUAGCAUGCAUCAAUAUUUUUUAAUUCUAAUUUACUAUUAUUUUUCUUGCACAUAUAUAUUUUUUUAUUGUAAUUACUAAUGUUUUUAUGCCUCACCAUAGAAUAUGAGGAGACAUAAAAGGUGACCCGGUUCAUCUGUCAACACAAAUUGUUAUUUAUCUUCAGUAACUUGGUAAAGCCUUACCAUAUCAAAAUGACAUUUACUCUACAACUUCAUGUUAUGAAUAUCUAAAUCAAGUUCAGCGAUUGGCAGUUUCCAUUUUCUUUACCAGAGUUAUGUUCCGUGUUGUAGUUUACCUGAGUUAUGUUCCGUGUUGUAGUUUACCAGAGUUAUGUUCCGUGUUGUAGUUUACCAGAGUUAUGUUCCGUGUUGUAGUUUACCAGAGUUAUGUUCCGUGUUGUAGUUUACCAGAGUUAUGUUCCGUGCUGUAGUUUACCAGAGUUAUGUUCCGUGCUGUAGUUUACCAGAGUUAUGUUCCUUGUUGUAGUUUACCAGAGUUAUGUUCCGUGUUGUAGUUUACCAGAGU